AAGAUCAUUGAUCGUGGCGAUACACUGCGACUGCACAUGGUAUAAAUAUAAAAAUCAUUUCAAUUCACUUUUCAAUUUCACUUUCCGUUCGAACAUUCCGGUGAACUGAUUGAGCUUCAUGGUUUGACGAGAUUACCUAAGGACUCCGAGAAUUUCUUAAGGAUACCCCCCAGUGUCCAGUUUCAAAUUUGAAGUUUUUGAGUGAUCGCGAUCGAGUUCUACCAAUAGUGUCUUGGUUUUUUCUCGGUUCAGUGGUUUUUUAAAAUUCUCGCUGGAAAUAUCUUGAAAGUUAUUGUGUAGUGAAAGAUAAUUGAUAGUUGGGAGACCAGAAUGAAGAUCAUGAUUGCAUUAUUGUUUGGGUUUGUUAUGGUAGGACGAGUUUUGAGUGAUUCACCACACAAUAAAGAUGUUUACGGAGGAAAACGAGAUGAUGACCAUGGAGGAAAAGGAGUUCAAUAUGUUAACAACGUAGGACCUGCCAGCCAUUAUGUUCUUGCUCCAGCUGGACCGUCACCGAGUCCAAAAUAUGAGCUUAGCUUAGCAUAUGCACCAAAUAAUUACCGAAAUCCCCACGUCGAAGCUGUACCAUAUCCCGGAGUGUACCACUACCCAUCAAAAAUGGGUCCUAUACAAUACGCGGUUGCCCAACACCAACAACAUGCCUCUUAUCAGCAGCCCAUCCACAUGAUCGUUACUACUUAUCAUUCGAACCCGCCAGCGCAUUAUAAAGGAGUUAAUGUACCAGUUCACCAUGGCCAACCCAAUGUUCCACGGGCUCCAGUUCACCAAUCAGCACCGGUUCAUAAAUAUUCUCCAGCCCAAUAUAAUACUGUUGUUCCUGUCCAUAUUCCACCCCAACAUCAUGCUCAUCGCCAUCAGCCACAGUCUUCGGCUUUAGUACCAAUCGCUGUUCCAUUGCAACACAUUCACCACCAGCAACCUGUCAGUCAUGCACUUGCAGUUUUACCGUCAGCUCCUCAGCAGAACUACUACACAACUUCCGCUGCAGCUCAACAUCAACAACACGAGGAACAGCAUGCAGCACUCCCUCCCCCACAACCUGUUACCACAGCUGCAGCUUCACAGCCAACACAGCAAUAUAUUAGCUCACAAAGCAAUCAAAAUCAAGGACAUCAGCAGCAGCAUUACACAUAUUCUAUCCAACCAUCAGUUCAGAUUUCAGCAAGCAAGCAAAUUGUUGCACCUGCACCGCCUACACCACAAUACAAACAGGAGAACUACCCAACCACCCAAUAUUCCAAUGACGCAGGUAUUGCCUCCAGUUACAUUUCGUUGAUCCGUCAAUAUACCAUGGCUCCACCGAAAUCAGCCAUCCCAGUGCAACAGGUUUACUAUCCAACUCCAUCAACUCCGGUGUAUUCCACUGCGAAGCCCUACGUGAUGGUCCCAGUUCAACCAACAGGACCAGGAGGCAACUUGGAUUACACAAGCGCAGGAGCGGCUACACUGCAGUACGGUACCCAGCUCUACCAUCAACCCGGGGGUAAAACCUCAGCCGUAUCAGCGGCGAAAUAUGCCUAGGUUUAGGGUUGAUUGAAGAAUGUUUCUGGCAUUGAAACGAGUUAUUAUGCAGAGUUGACGUACCUAUUUAUUAUAUGUAUUAUUUUAUAUAUGAAUUUAUUAGACUGUUAGAUUUCGAGAGUAUUGUUAUGUACUUAUUGCGCAAUAUAAUGUUUUGU